UACUGAGGGACAUAGGAAAGAGGAAAAUCCAACAAAUCAAGACAGAGAAGAUGAUAAUUGUCAGUUUCAAAGCGGUCUAAUUGAUAAACAACAAGCAGGGCCCUAAAUAUCAUUCAGAGAUGUUAACACACCAUGUGUAGGAGAUGAGGCAAAUUUACUCAGAAUUCAGGAGAGUGGGAAUUUGAAGGAAAAAGAACCAAAUACAAGAAGUCAAAACAGACAAGAUCUAAGUCAUCAGUGUCAAAGUUGUGUAGCUGAUAAACAACAACCAGGUUCCUCUACAUUGUGUGGAGAUAUCAGUACACAAAGUAUGAAGGAUGAGGCAAAUUACAUCAUAAUGCAGGAGAAUGGGCAUUUGAAAGAGAGAGAACAAAAUACAAGAAGUCAAAAUAGAGUUUUUGAUUGCCAGUUUCAAAGAAAUCUAGCCUAUGAACAACAAUCAGGGCCUUCUAUAUCUUGUAUAGAUGUCAGCAAACCAUGUAUGGAAAACAAGUCAAAUGUUUGCAGUGGGACAGUAUGCAUCACUACUGUUGGAAAGGAAGGCAAAGAAAAGGUGGUAAAGGAGAACCUAUCUGAGAAAGAGCCUGAAAAGCAAGGGGCCCAACUAUCAGACAGCCCUGACUACAACAUUGACAAUGCAUCCAGGGAAAACACUGAAACUACCCAUGUAGUAAAUCACAGAGAACAUAAAGAAAGAAUUCAGAAAGAAGUUCUACGACAACAUAUAACUAGUCCUGAUCAACAAUCCGUUGUUCUUGAUUUUGAUGGAGAGGAUACCCCUGAUACUGAAAGUGAUGAGUUUAUUAGUUCGACUUCUAUUUCAUGUAGAGAUGUUAACACACCAUGUCUUGAAGAUGAGACAAAUGUUCACAAAAGGACAUUAUGCAUCUCAACUUUGGGAAAGGAAAGCAAAGAAGAGGUGGUAAAGGAGAGCCUAUCUGAGAGAAAGCUUGAAAGACAAGGGGCCCAGCCUUUUUUAGAUGGCCCUGAUUACAACAGUGACAAUCCAUCCAGUCAAAACACUGAAACUGCCCAUUUAAAUCAGAGGCAAGCUGAAGCAGGAAUUCUGGAAAUUCCGAAAGAAGUUUUACAACAACAUAGAACUAAUCCUGACCAACAACCCAUUGUUCUUAAUUUUGAUGGAGAGGAUACUUUUGAUACUGAAAAUGAUGAGGUUAUUAAAUUGAACUAUUCCAUGAGAUUCAGAAGGCCACAAAGGAAGGGCACAUACCUAGCAGUUCCACAGUUGAGGAGAAAGAAGGUUCCAUAGACAAUUGAGGAAGAACAGAUGCUUAGGGAGGGAUUAAGCAAGUUCUCAAGUAAAGCUGGUGGUAACAUUCCAUGGAAGGAAAUUCUGGACCUUGGUUCUUCAGUGUUUCUUAACUGCCGAACUUCAGUGGACCUGAAAGAUGAAUGGAGAAAUACGUGUAAGGGAAGCCCGAAGCCCAAAUGAAAUGUUCUCAUACUGGUGGGGGCAUUGUCCAAAUAGCUGGGAGGUUGAAGAUGUCAAUUAGUUAAGUUGGUCCUUUUGAUGAUUGCAUCAAAGUACCAGGAAUCAAAUCUCGUCCUGAGCAGGAAACAGAGGCCUUUUUUUUUUUUUUGGUAACACAGGUGAAAGCCAACGUUUUUGAUAUAACAAAAAAAAAAAAUUGUAAAUAUAAUCAGCAAUCUUCAGUAAGAAAAAUAUAUAAUCAGCCAUGAGCUUUCCCUGUUCAUCAAAGUACUCAUUUCCGGUUAUGCUUUCAGUUUUUGGUCACUGGUUUCUCGUGUAUACGGAUUAUAGGGUUGUUGGCACACAUUGUUUUCUUACAAUAGACACAUGCCAUCUUG